AUGUCAAUACCGACGCCACAAUACAGAUUGAGCGCCAUACGGAAUCACGACGUCUACGAACCCGCCGAAGAUACAUUUCUCUUGAUCGACGCCAUCGAAAAAGAUAUCAAAGUGAGUUGGAGGUUCAGGAAGAGUUGUGUAGGAGAACAGCUAAACUAAAAAUGAUACUUAUUCCAAUUCGUCGCCGGAAAAUUUUUGAAAACUCAAGGCCAUCGGUGAUAAAUUGAUUAAAUUUGGCGUUUCUUUACUGAUUUUUUUCAUAAACGGAGUCCUUUCACAACAAGGCCAAGUCCAUCAGAAGUCUCUUAAUUUUUCGAUCCGCCCUUUCUUGACUAGAGAAAGUAUCCUGAGCAAAGUACUUGAUUUAUUCCAGGAACUUCGUGAGAGAAACCCCAAAAUCGUGCUGGAAAUCGGUUGCGGCUCAGGCGUCGUCUCCACGUUCGUCAAUCAGGUCGAAUGACCUUUAACUCGAAGAAAAACGGCCAAGAUCUCCAGGCUUUGGGUGGGAACGUGACGUCAUUGGCCACCGAUCUCAACCCUCACGCCCUGGAAUGCACGCUGGAGACGGCGCGGCUCAACGACAUCAAGAUCGACGUCGUUAGAACCGAUUUGGAGACCGGCUUCGAUCAUUUACAAGUGGGAUUUCAUUUUAAAAAUGGAAUAUCGAUAAAUUCUUGAGUUUCGAUAUCAAAAUUUGAAUUUUAAGCUUAUUUACUUGUCGUCAAAUGUUGACGAUUUCAAAAAUAGGUAUUUUUAGCUAGGUUAAAAUUUCGAGAAAUUUCAAGGCGAGAUCCCGAAAAACCCUGAUUUGCAGGGAAAAGUCGACGUGCUGAUCUUCAACCCUCCCUACGUGCCGACUGAAGAAGAGCCGACGACGAAUAUAGUAUGAAGCAUGAUAAGACCAAAACACCUUCGAGAACCCUAGGAGAGGUGCUACGCCGGCGGACGGACAGGACGCAGCACGCUAGACCGCCUUCUACCACGAAUUCCAGACCUGCUAGCACCUGGCGGCGUCUUUUACCUGGUCGCCCUCCAUCAAAACGACAUUCCCGCUCUUCUGGCCCAUUCUUCGGCUCUCAGUUCAUCCAUCGCCAUGCAGCGUCGUUGCGGCAUAGAACACUUGUACAUUUUAAAGUUUGUCAAGAAUCCCUCAUGAUUUUUGUUAGUUAAAAUAUCUUUAUUUAAAGUUUGAGAAUGAUUAACAAAGGAAAGAGGAAAAUUCGAGAAAGAUAGCAAGUUUAGAAAAAAUGAAACUCAUUCGAGCAUGGUGGAAUAUAUUUUAGUUGGAAUAAAAAAGAAGAAGAGUAUAAUAAUCGUAAACCAUUUUCAAAAAUCCAGGUACCAUUGUAUAAUUUUUUUAAAGCAGAUCUUUUACUCCAAAGUCAAUUCAGUUUUGGAAAGAUGAUCAUUUUGUAGACAAGUUGCGAACUUUGAACACUGAUGAAUAUUUCAAUGUGAGCCGUUUUCAAAAUGGUUAUUUAUUGGUAAAACUUAAGACGGUAAUUAGUAAACUUGAGAGAGAGAGAGAGAGAGGGUUGCGCAAAAAAAUGUUAGUAAAAAAAUAAAAAUAAAAGUAAAAUUAAUUAUCAACUGAAAUUCAAUUAUCUCACAAGUUUUGAUUCAGAUGA